CCAUGCAUGUAUAUAUAUAAAUAUAUACAUGUAGCUCUGCUUCGAUCAUCUGCCCAUAACCACCAGACCAACCGAGACCAGGCAGGCAGGCAUCCAUCACAACCAACAGCAGCAGCAGGGUGAGGACAGCAGGCAGCUCGCAGGCCAGGGGAAGGAGGGAAGCAAGGACGAUGAGCACGGCGAGGUUCAUCAAGUGCGUGACGGUCGGCGACGGCGCCGUCGGCAAGACUUGCAUGCUCAUUUCCUACACCAGCAACACCUUCCCCACGGAUUACGUGCCCACGGUGUUCGACAACUUCAGCGCCAACGUCGUCGUCGACGGCAGCACGGUGAACCUCGGCCUCUGGGAUACCGCUGGACAAGAGGACUACAACCGGCUGAGGCCCCUUAGCUACAGAGGCGCUGACGUCUUUCUGUUAGCAUUUUCUCUCAUUAGCAAAGCCAGCUAUGAGAAUAUUCACAAGAAGUGGAUACCAGAGCUGAGGCACUAUGCUCCAAAUGUGCCAAUUGUGUUAGUUGGAACAAAGCUUGACUUGCUCGAGGACAAGCAGUUCUUCCUGGACCACCCUGGUUUAGCACCUAUCUCAACCGCGCAGGGUGAGGAGCUGAAGAGGAUGAUAGGCGCAGCGGCGUACAUCGAAUGCAGCUCCAAGACGCAACAGAAUGUGAAGGCGGUGUUCGACUCUGCGAUCAAGGUCGUGCUGUGCCCGCCGAAGCCGAAGAAGAAGAGCGCCCGGAAGCAGAGGAGUUGCUGGAUUCUAUGAGCCAGCAGCAACAAAAGGAUGUUACAAUUGCAGGGCAGUUCUUGCAUUCUAUUGUCUGUGUUUGUGUUGCGUUGCUGCUAGAUCCUGUCGGGGUUAUGUUUGGUUGGCCCGUCCAGUGCUCCUUGUGUAUGCAGUCAAUACUCUUGAGUGUGCUAAUUACAAAUGAGUCCUUCGUUCAGAUUGGCAUUCCUGUGGGAAAUUAGGAAUCUAUUGCUUACUUUUUCUCUCUCUUUCUUGUACGGUUAAUUUGCUGUGUUGGGAGUGAACUGAUGCAUUCAUUCCUACUUUCCAUUCACUGAUUGGACUUGUGUAACUUGUACGCUUCAGUCGCAGUGUGUAGUCUUUCUUUUUCUUGAAGGCACACAAUGUGUUCUGUUGUGAUCUUUGCAAGUAAUCGAGCGCACUGCCUACCCUGCAUCAGGCCGAAAAAGGGCUACAUCAGACUUUACGUGUGUUUUUUAAGGGAAAGGAGAGAACUG